CUUGGUUAUUGAGGAGGGAACAAUAUUUUCCUCUUCAAAUUCCCGCCAAACGUCUUUCUUUUCUUUUUGACACCUUUGUUUUCUUUCCUCUUCCCUCACUCACUCACUGUGAUCUCAUUUACCCACACAACAAUGGCAUCAGAUUCAGAUCUAUUGACACAAUACUCCCACACCCGCCGCAUCGUCCUUCUCAUCGACCUAACCUCACUUCACCAUCACCAUCUCCACGACUACACCAAACGCCUCGUUUCGUUCUUCGAAACCCUAAUUUCCUUCCCUCCGCUUUCUUCCUCCCUCUUCUCCUUCAAGUUCUUCUUCUCCUCCCUCUCCCCUCUCCUCUCCUUCUCUAAGCUCCAACCCUUCCUCCCCAACCCUAGCCUCUCCUUCGACACCCCUUCCUCCACCCUCGCACACCUCUCCCACACCCUCUCAUCCCUCCUCUCCUCCUCCUUCCACUCCUUUUCCACCCCGAACGCCUCCCACCUCGCCGAAUCCCUCUCCCAACUCCUCCAUGACCACUCCUGGGAACACCCGGACGACAACGACCACACUCCCCACCACGCCAUUCCACCCAAUUUAGUACUCCUCUUCUCCCCCUCUUUCACGUCCCUCACCUCCCUUGCCUCGUUCCUUGAUUCCGACGCCGGUCUUGUUGCACACUCCGCCUCUUUCUGCGGGAGGCUCUCUUUGGUUUUCUCCAAUGUAAGUCGGGCCUUUGCCUCCAAGGGAAUUCAUUGUUGUUGGAUUAGUAUUGGUAGCGAGAUUGGGAGAAUUGAGACUGAUGAGGCUAGAGAAGCUUGUUGUUUGCUCGAGACUGGGCUUGGGAGGCUCGGUUGGGGGUUUUGCUCUUUGGAUUCGAUUCUACUUGGUUCGGCUCUUGUUCCGUUUGGCUUGGUUUAUCCCAAAAUUGGGGUUUUGUGGGAUUCUGUUUGUUUUUCUUCUAGGGAUGCUAAUAAUGUUGGUGCGCAGUUGAGUCUUCGGAUGUUGGAUGUGAAGGGGAUUCCCAUUGAGUACAGUGAUUGUGAUCUCGAGUUUGUUGAUGUGAAGGUCUUGGGAGGGAGUGGAGAUUUGAAUUUGCAGGGUGGAGGAUGCGGAAGAAAGGAGAGGUUUUGGAAGCUGUGUUUGGACGGAGGUGUCAAAUUGGAGGUUAAGAUUGUGCAGAGGUGUGAUGCGUUUGUUGGGAUAGAGGAGUGGUUGUCUGAUUCAGUUCUAGUGCGUGAGGAUUUCCGGGGAUUGAAGAAGAAAGUGAAGGGGGGUUUGGAUGGUUUUUUUGCGGAUAGGGUUCUUGAGCUUGUUGCAGGCGAGUUUGGUUGUGAGUGGCGGCGAAAACAGGUGCCAGUUUGGGAAAUUUUGUUGAGUUUUCUUUAUAGGGAGGGUUGUUGGGCAUUGGUGUCUGUUACCAAUGGUAAAGGUGGUUCGUGUAUCGCUAUUCUUAGACCUUUUACAGUGUUUGCUGCUCUCUUGUCUGUGUUAGGCGAUCCACACGGGGCUUGUAGUUUUGGUGAAGAAAAUGUGGGACAAUAUGUCAGGAUGGUGGACAAUGAGAUUUGCGGAUCUGAUGGCAAAUUUAACAAGAAAGAGGAUUUGUUGGAUUCUCAAGGUAAGAAAAGUACUGCGGUGGUUGAGGGUCAUCAAAGGAAAAAAAUGGUGGAUUUGAAUACAGUUCGAGACCUCACGUGGAACUUGUUCUGUAAGUUGGUGUAUGAUCAAUUUGAGACAAAUUUGCUUGAGGUUUAUUAUACCAUGGAAGGUAACAAGUCUAAAAAGUUGAGAUUUUUGAAAUGCUGGAUCAAACAGAUGAAGAAAUCUGGCUGUUCGAGUCUAGCUUUGUUAGAAAAACCCAAGCCAAAUCCGAUAGUUGCUGAAGAGGCUAGCAGUAAAUUGAAUGACUUAACUCAAAAUGCUGAACAGCCAAUCUUCUCAUUUGCCUCAGCUGAAAUUAACCCUGAGCCAGAAGCUUUGAGAAUACAGGAGGAUGCUGUGCUGGACUUUAGGUCAGAAACAUCUGAAUCAUUUUUCAGUAAUCUUGCCGACAGGAUCAAUCGGGGAAUUGAAUCUGAAGUCGUAGACACAGGGGCGUUGGCAGAGCGACUUGUAAAUUCAUCUAUAUACUGGCUAUGUCAGAAGGUUGAUAGGGAAACUAUUUCUCAGAGUCAGUCUCCUUUGAAAGAUCAUAACGCUUGUGGUAGCAUGAUUGCAUCUGAGCUGAUGAAACUUCUAUUAAGGGAGCCCAAGGAGAUAGUUGCAAAGCAUAAAAGCCAAAAUCCAAGUAAAUUGCAUCUAAGCAUGAUUGGAUUUCAUUCAGGACCUAUUGCAGAUCAUGUAGUUAGAGAAUAUGAACUGCAGAUUUUAUUUCGAAUGGAGAUUUUACAAUCAGAGGUUGGAAGUGAAGUUGAAGAUUCCUGCAAACAGAAGUUUGUAAAACAAAUAUGCCUGCUUUUAGAGAACAUUAUGUGUCACAUGGAAACAGGAUUCUUUGGUGAUUGGACUCUUGAAAAUUAUGUGACAAAGAUAAUCAAAAACAGGUAUUCUCUCGCUCUUGAAGAUGUGGUUCAGAGAAUCUACAACAAAAUGGACCUGCUGCUGUUUGCCGAUGAGGAUGAAGCCCCAAAUAGUUUACUUAACAGUGAGGACAGCUACAAACCUUUGAAGAAAAAAACAUACAGAGAUGAGGUAGGUGAAAAUGAUUUCAGUAGCCAACCUAUUUCAGCAGAAAAUGAGCCCUUUCAGUUGCAGAAGGAUGGAAGUGGAAGAUUCCAAAGGAUUGAAGAUGGUGACCAUAAAAAACUAAUUGAAGCUAAGGAGAAGAGAGAGAGGGCACAAAGAUUUUCAUCUUUUACAAGUUCAAUGCCUGUUUUGCGAAGAGUUAGGGCAACAAAGCAGAAGGGUAUGAAACCGAAGACAGAUCUGCUUCAAAGGGUGCAGAAAAGGAAGGAGCGAGAAAGGGCAAGCUAUGGAACUGUAUGUGAGACUCCAAUGACAGGAAAUAAGCGUUCAAGCCCAAGGGCAAGGAGUUCAGAUGAUGACAAUGGCCUGGCUGAUAGGAGUCAAUCAUAUGGCUCAGUUUCUAAGGCAUUGUUCAUGGAUGAUCUUUGAUGUGAGUAAACCGUGACUGAGUCCCAUAGAGAAAUUGCAUAUGAAAACUUGCAGAGCAGAAUGACUCUAUAGGUGCUUCAGUAUUUGACCACAAAUGAUGGAAUGUAAAUGACCUGAUUUUCGGUAAAUUUCCUUUCCCAGUGUUCUCGUAACUUGCAUACUAACAUAAUCAAUUGAUUCACUACAUUAUAUAGUAUACUAUUCAAUUGCUGAAUAAAUAUGAACCAUGUAUUUGUUCAA